AUGGCCAAUACUAAUGCAGUCCUACUAUUAUCUUUCUUAACUACUCUGUCAAUCUCCUUCCCAUCAAGCACAGCAACAACCAUUGCUAAGUCUAACGGCUUGACCAUCAAGCUCAUUCACCGUGAUUCCCCAGACUCACCCUUCUACCAACCAAACCUCACCACUUCACAAAGAACUCGAAAACUCAUUCUCCAAUCCGAAGCUCGUGCACUUCGUUAUCAUCAUCCUCUGCAAUAUCCCAAACAACAUUUCAGUUCUAAUGCCUUGCGUCCAAAAGUUGAUUAUCAGGGACCAUCUGUGUACAUGGCCCAAGUGGGCAUUGGGACUUUCACAUCAGGUCCCAUCUAUUACUUUCUCGGCAUGGAUUCUAGCAUUGACCUAAUAUGGACACAGUGUGACAAUUGUAGGUCUCCGGGACACCAUUGCUUUCCACAGAGACAACCCCUUUUCCCUUCAUUGCGAUCGUCUUCUUAUCGAAAACUUGUUUGCAAUAGACACCCUCUUUGCUAUCCAAGAAGUUGCAUUGGAAACUUUUGCUCCUACAUCAGCAGAUUCGCAGACAACUCCACCUCUACUGGCUUUCUUUCAUCAGAAACCUUCACUUUCGAUUCAGAUUCGUCCCGAAAAGAAGUUGUUCCUAAUAUCGUUUUUGGUUGCGGUUUUGAUCAAGUACUCAGUGUAGAUUUUGGUCAGGAAGGCAAUUAUGCAGGCAUUUUGGGCUUAGGAUGGGGGCCACAUUCGCUUGUCACACAAUUAGGCUCACGAGCUGGUGGCAGGUUCUCAUAUUGUCUACAAACGAUGACUAAUCCUGGCGGACGAAACACAUUACUCCGGUUUGGUUCAGAUAUUCCAAACAGACCUGGUUUACAAAGCACUGACUUGCUGCAAUAUGGUGGUCAGUUAAGUGGUUUUUAUGUAAGUUUGCUAGACAUUAGCAUUGCUGGUGCAAGGCUAAGAAUCCCACCAGACCACUUUGCGAGAAAACCUUCUGGUGGAGGGACUGUAAUGGAUUCAGGAAGUGCUUUUUCAUCCCUUAUUCGGCCUGCUUAUGAUAUUCUUGAACGAGAACUGAUUAGGUACUUCUUGAGGUUUCCUACGUUAACGAGGAUUCGUCCACCAAGGUUCUUUAAAUUAUGCUACGAAAGGAUAGAAAGACGAGGUUACACCAAUCUUCCAAGCCUUACAUUCCAUUUCAGAGGUGCCGAUCUUGUGGUGCAGCCUCAAGGUGCAUUUUAUGUGAAAGAAGCUGCAGGUGCAAGAGAAUAUUUUUGCUUGGCAAUGACGCCUUUUGAUGGUGCGACCUUGAUAGGUGCAUACCAGCAGACAAAUCAACGUUUCAUUUAUGACUUGAAUACCAAGAAAUUGUUCUUUGGACGGGAGGAUUGCCUUCGAAAUGCAUGA